AUGUUCACGAGUGCCGUUACCAAGACCGCAGUUUUGGCUCUGGUCGCAGUUGGCGCUGUGUCAUCCGCGCCUCUUGAGACGCGCGACCGCGAUGACUUCAAGAACAAGAUGCUUGAGGGGACCAACUGGUACCGCUCCCAGCAUGGCGCCAAGGCUCUGUCUUGGGACCAAGAUCUGGAGGACUACGCCGCCAACUACGCACGGGCUUGCCUCAAGCAACACUCCCGCGGUCCCCAUGGAGAGAACCUCGACUGGUACUCUUACUGGGGCUCGCCGGCCAGCUAUGUCAACGAUUUUGGUCGUGAGCGCAUCAAUUUUGACUUCAACAACGGCGGUUUCGACAAAAGCACGGGCCACUUUACGCAGCUCGUUUGGAAGGACACGAGCCGGAUGGGCUGCGCCUGGGCUGAUUGCAGCUCCUGGUACAAUAUUGUCUGCGAGUAUGAGCGCGCUGGCAACAUCCGCAGCAUCGAGGGCGACAACCGCUUCUACCGCGAGAAUGUUGGCCGUCAGGUCUGGGGCAACAUUAAAGAUGAGUUCCAGGGUUAA